GCAAAGAGGAGGAGAAAACAAGCAUUGAGAGUCAGAGGGAGGACAGAGACGUUUGAUGGUGGAUGCAACUCUGCACAUCUUCACUUGGCUGGAAGUACAUACAGGAAUCGAUUGAAGAAUGGAGUGGUAUGUUCUGGUGCUGAUGCUGAGCUUGCCCCCAUCCAUGCAUACACAUUGUUCCUCACAGUGUCACAAAUGCUUGCAGCACAUCCUAAAGCCCAAUGGCGCCUUCAGCAGUCUGUGGUGCGGGGUGUUGUGUCAGGACGAAGCGGGGCUGUGUGAGGACGCUCCGGGCUUGGAGGACGUGACAGAUGCGGAGGAACAAGACGAGGAGGAAGAGCUAAGCAAACAAUCAGAAGUGGAGUUGAUGAAGAGGCUUGACAAAACCGAUACGCACCCGCUUGCUUCUCCCUGGUGGAGCCACCGCGACUUGUUGAAGAAGCCGGGUGAAGAAGUCGAGAGUUCCGCAGAGGACCACACGCUCCGCGGCUAUGACCUCGUUAAACGUUACGGUGGCUUUUUACGCAAAUUCGGACCCAAGACGAAGAGAAGCGACGCCGAGGAGCAGAUCGGCGAGCUGCAGAAGCGUUACGGUGGCUUCAUGAGGAGGAUCCGACCCAAACUGAACAACAUCAAGUGGGACAAACGCUAUGGAGGCUUCCUGCGUCGUCAUUUCAAGAUGUCAACGCGCUCCGUCGAGGAGCCUUUCUUCUCAAACUACGACCACCUGAGUCAGGAAGUAAGAUGAACCAAAAAAUACGGCAAACCACGCCUGCUAUGCUCGACCGCUUUUUUGUGUGUGUGUGUGUAAUAAGUUUGUCUGCUGCCCACCACUGCUUGUUUAAUAAAAUCAUCAACCAAACCCAGACUACAACUUUUGUCCACAGAAGCAAAUAAAAACGCAAACGUUUUUUGUUGCCAG